GUAACACAAAAUAAUAAGCUGUGUUGCCAAUGAAACAACUAAGAAGUAACAAAAACAUAACAAAGCCACAAAAAAGAGUUGACAGCAAGUCUGAGCAUCUUCUUCGCCACCUUCUUCUCUCCACCCCCCAACUCCCCAUAUUCAACCCUCUCUCUUAUUUACCAUUUUCAUUCCCACCCUUUCUCUGUUUCUUUCUUUCUCUCUCCCUCUCUCUCUUUCAUCAUUCAUAUUCAUCCCCAUCUUUCUCAACUCUCAACAUACACACACGUGCGGCGCACGUGCGCACAUACAACAACAUCUCUCGUGACUCGCCACCGCAUUCUCCGGCGGCAGCCACCAUUCGAAUUCCAUCUGAUGGCGCCGCGGGCACUCUGGUCAUCAUGCUUCGGAAAGCACCUCCACAACGGCGGGGUUGCGGAGGGUACGGCGGCGGACGGCGGCGUAGCGGCGGCGGGCCCGGUGAUGGUGGAGAUGUUCACGUCCCAGGGGUGCGGGACAUCGCCGGCGGCAGACCUGGUGCUGUCGCGGCUGGGGAGGGGGGACUUCCAGCUGGGCUUUCCGGUGGUGCUUCUGGCCUACCACGUGGAUUAUUGGGACUAUGUGGGCUGGAAGGACCCAUUUGGAUCAAGCCAGUGGACGGUUAGACAAAAAGCUUACGUUCAGGCCCUUGGGCUUGAUACCAUAUUCACACCACAGGUCAUAGUCCAAGGCCAGGCCCAUUGCAUAGGAAAUGACGAGAAUGCCCUCAUUGAAGCCAUCAACUCUGUACCCAGGUUCCCUGCUCCUACAUUCCAGGCAACUUUCAGAAGGCCUACAUCAGAUGCAUUGGAAGUAAUGCUGACAGGUGCAUUGAGGAUGAAAGUGGACAGCAAUGGUGUAGCUGUGAUGGUGGCAUUGUAUGAAAACGGUUUGGUCACUGACUGCCCAAGAGGGGAGAACAAAGGUCGUGUUCUUUCCAAUGACUAUGUUGUCAGAAAACUUGAAAAGCUAUGCAAUGUGGUAGACCUUCCUCCAAAGAAGACAGUAUCAGGAACAAUCACUUUCCCCUUGUGGAGUUCCUUCAACAGCAGCAAGUGUGGCCUAGCACUCUUUAUUCAAACCAACACUCAUCAAAUCUUCGGUUCACAGAAUUUUCACCUCCCAGAAGAUAUAUGAUAUUCAUUCUCUUUCGAUAACUAUAAUUGUACAAUUAAUUUGAGUGUAUAAAUAUCAUUUUCCUUUUUCAUGUUCAGGCUAUACAUAUGUACAGAAUCUGCUCUAGUUUAGGUUUUUAUUUAAUUAUAUCUAUUUUCCCUCCUCAUUCCUUCUGCCCUUCCUUUUCAUAUGAGCACUGUUUUAAAUGGUUUUUUAUGCUUGAA